CAACGAUGUGUUUGUGACUGGAUGGUAGUUUUCUGUUGAAGGCAGUAACCGGAAGUGUGUGUUCUUGUUUCUGGGGCUUGACUCAGUUCCUCUUGAAGCUUUUUAUUCUCACACCGUGGGUCCUCCGCUGAAGACCUCGGACUGAACCGAACCUCUGGCUUUAAAAACAGCAACAUUUUAGAAAAUAUAUAACUGAUACGUUUUUAAAAUAUCGCGUUGUUUUAAUCCGGAUCCAGUUUUUACAGUCGCGUUUUCUUUCUUUUUCUUUCUUUCUUUUUUUUUUUUUUUUUUCUUUUUUUUUUUUGCCGACAUUUGUUUUUCAUUCCGGGAGGAUCCACAGGGCGUGUUUGGGAGAUCUGGACCGGAGUUUAUCUCCCGGACUGGGCCGACUCUGAGGAAUGAAACCGACUCGGAUCCGCCUGAAUGGAGACGAUGGAUUAUAAGGAGCUGGGACGACAUCUGGAGAAGAAGCUGACACUAACGGACCAGACUCUGCCUCUGCAGUCCUUCCAGAAUGGGGACAAAUCUUCAGGGAAAGACCUUCUGACUCCGGACGACUCUGCUGUCUCAGAUCUCUCUCCUAAAACAGACUCCAACAGCAAGACAGAUGCCUCCUCCUCCAGGACUGAGGCCAGGCCCUCCACCCCUGGCUCCAGCAGCAGUCCUCAGCCCAAGAAAGACUCGAUGAGCUCAGAGCAACGACAGAAACUGGCCAGGGAGCGGAGAGAGGAGAGAGCCCGAUACAUCGAAGAGCAAACUCAGCUUCAAGCAGCAAAGAAGGCCCAGUGGCUGGAGAAGGAGGAGAAGGCUCGACGCCUGAGGGAAAACCAGCUGGAGGACCGCAGGAGGAAGCUGGAGGACCAGAGGCUGAAGGCCGAGAAACGUCGAGCGCUGCUGGAGGAGAAGCAGAGACAGAAACUAGAAAAGAACAAGGAGCGAUAUGAGGCCGCUAUCAAGAGGUCCACCAAGAAGACCUGGGCUGAGAUCCGCCAGCAGAGGUGGUCCUGGGCUGGUGGACUCAACCAGACCUCACGCAGAGAAAGCAGAUGCUCAGCCUCCACGGUCAACUUGCCGAGACAGGUGGACCCUGUCAUUAACAACAGGCUGUCCAAGUCCUCUGCCACGCUCUGGAACUCCCCCAACAGAACCCGCAGCCUGCGCCUGAGCCCAUGGGAGAGCCGGAUCGUGGAGCGGCUCAUGACGCCGACGCUGUCCUUCCUCGCCCGGAGCCGCAGCGCCGCCACCCUCCUCAACAACAGCGAAUCUCACUCUCACCACUGCUCCCGUUCAGCCUCGGCCAGCCCGCUCGCCGCCUGCUCCCAUCAACACCAGAGCACCGCUGAGCGCUGGAGGGUUUCCUCCGCCAGCACGCCAGACAUCACGCAGCGGCAGCGCCGACGGAACUCCACUCCGGUGGAGAAAAGGAAGAAAGAGAAGAAAGACAAGGAGCGAGAAAAUGAGAAAGAGAAGAAUGCUCUGACAAAAGAGAGGGUGCAGAAAAAGAGACAGACGGUGUCACCAACUGCCACCAGAUCCAGGGCGGAGACCAGCGCCCCUCGGUCCAGGAACAGACCUCCUUCCCCUGCGGCUCCAAAAAGCAGACCUCUCUCCCCUCUGGUUCCUGCUGCCUCCUCCAAGACCCCCACGGGUAAAAAGACUCCUCCUCCUGGUCUGACUGCCACCAAGACCCGACCCAAACGGGCCCAGACGCCUGCCAGAGUUCAGCCUCAGGCAGUUGCUGCGGUCACUGUGGAAACUAGACAGGAGCCUCAGCAGGCCGACGCUCCAGUCGAGAAAAAGAAACCAGAAUCCCGACCUGUCUCCUCUGAGUCUCCAUCAGCCUGCAGCAACGUUCCCGCCAUCAUGGUGUCGUCAGUUCCGGUCACUCCGCCAUCUCUCAGCCCGCCGGUCAUAUCGGGACCGACUCCAUCUGCACCAGGCUUGGAUCCAAUGGCAGCUCCUGUAGCUCUUGCAGCUCCACCUGCCAAUGCAGCCAGCAAACCGUUGGCCGGCACCAACGAUCCGGAGGAGGCGGCUCGAGUCCUGGCGGAGAAACGGAGGCAAGCCCGAGAGCAGCGGGAGAAGGAGGAGCAGGAGCGUCUGGUGGCAGAGCACCGCAACAGGAUCCUGCGGGAGGAGGCGAUGGCUCGUGAAGCGGAGGAGAGGAAGCAGCGAGAGGAGGAGGCUCGCUUCAUGGCGGAUCAGCAGCGUCUGAGAGACGAAGCCCAGCGAGCUGAAGAAGAGAAGGAGGCGGAGGAGAGAGUGAAAGCCGAGCGGGAGGAGAACGAGAGGCUGCAGAAGCAGAGGGAGGAGGCUGAAGCCAAAGCUCGGGAAGAGGCGGAGCGUCAGCGCAUUGAGAGGGAGAAACACUUCCAGAAGGAGGAGCAGGAGCGCCUGGAGAGAAAGAAGCGCCUGGAGGAGAUCAUGAAGAGGACCAGGAAGAGCGAUGCGGGAGAGAAGAAGGACGUCAGAGCGUCUGCGCAGGUCAACGGAUCCGAGCUACAUCAGGCUGCUGGGAGCCUGCAGGGCUCCGCUGUAGGGCCACUCGGCCCCUCACAGACCGGCGCCGUGGUCGUGAACGGCGUGCAGCCCGCCCCGCACCAAAACGGAGACCUGGAGGGGAUGGUGGAGCUGAGCGGCCAGCAGGGCGGGCGGGUCGGAGAGUCCCUGCUGGGCUUUGAGGGGGCGGAGCCUUUCCUGAUGAAGACCAGCCCCAUGAAGCCUCAGCAUGUGGCAGAGGUCCUCUGAGUUGCCAUGGAGACACGCCUCGCAUCUCUGCUACCAGACUGAUGCCACACACACACACACACACACACAGCGGCUUCUGCAGCGUGCCAAACAACCAGCCUUCAACUGCACUCGACUCAUCCACAGAGGAGGAAGAGGAGGAAGAGGAGGAGCUGACCUCUGUUGGAAACUCAUCUGAAACAUGAAAAACGUAUUCUGUGUCCUCACUGCGUGUUAACGGUGCAGCAUCUGUUUUACUGACGUGUCACAUGAUGCACCUUAAAGACGACUGACUGUAGGCGUGGAGAAGCCACUCUGACCCGGAGCAUCAUGUGACCGUGGUUCUUCUUCUUACUAUUAUUAUUAUUACUGUGGUUCUGAUGUUGUCCUUGUUCCUUAAGUUGAACUUGGUGUGUGUUUGCUGUACUUGUCUUGAACUGUUGAGUUAUUUACCGCAGCAGCAUCAGACGGAGGAUGUUAAUGUAAAUGCAGGAGAUCUGUGAAAUAAAGCUUUAUGAAAGGGA